GUGUCCGGGGGGGCGGGGCGGUCCCGGAAGAGCCCCCCGGGGGGGGGCGGGGGGGGCGUACCCGGGCUCGGCGGGGCCAUGGGCGCCGUCUUGCCGCUGCUGCUGCCGCUGCUGCUGCCGCCCUGGGCCGCCGGCGGCGCGGCGGUAUGCGGGCGCUGCCCGGGGCCGGUGCGGAACGGCUCGAUCGUGGCCCAGUACUGCGCGUCCCAGGCCGGCACCGAGAGCGAGGGGCGCUGCUGCCGGGAACGGGGCGCCCGCCCGGAGCGGCUGCUCGGGCUGGACCUGAGUGACUGCUCCCUGCACAGCCUCCCCCCGGGGCUGGCCGAGGCCGCGGCCAUCGUCAUCCUGGACCUGACGGAGAACCCUCUGACGCCCCUCCCCAACGGCUCCUUCCUGGGCUUCACCCACCUGCAGCACCUCAUGGUGCCGCUGGCACUGGAGUGCCCGGGCGGGAGCAACGCCUGGGAGAACGUGACGAUGCAUGGGAACAGCCGGCUCUGCCAGGGCCAGAGGAACCCCUGCAACAGCUCCGGGGAGCUCGCCUGGCUGUGCCCUGAGAACGCUGCCUGUGCCCCAGACGGCCCCGGCCUCGUCCAGUGCCUGUGUGACAGCCCCUUCCACGGCUACAAGUGCCUGCGCGAGGGCACGUUCCCCAUGCUGCUCUUCUGCGGGAUCCUGGGAGCCAUCACCCUGUCCCUGUCCCUCUUGCUCUGGGGCACCCAGCGCCGGAAGGCCAAGACCCCCUGAGCGGGGGGGGCAGGGCAGGGGGGGUUCCGUGUGCCAGAGGGGCUCCGUGUACCCGGUGUCUGGCUCACCACGCCGGGGCUAGGGAUAAAUAAAGCCCGCAGCAUCCUC